UGAAGGCCACUCCCAUUGUUUGCAACGCUAUUGUUAUGCAAACAAUAAAACGAUUGUUUUGUAAACAAAAAACAAUUUAUUAAUUGAAUCGAUAGACAAGUGAUUGAAUGAAAGAGUAAUCAAUUGAAUGAAUGAACGCAUCGUUUAGUUAUGCAUUGAAAUGAAAACACAAAUCGCGAGUCAAUUGAAGACAUAAUUAUCAGUGAAUUAGUGGUCCUUUUGGGACCAAUUGUGUGGUAAUUGUGAGCACUUGUCGUCUGUGGCGGUAAUGGAAGCGUUGAAGUGAUGGCAAUGAAUGCGUUGAGUCUAUACGUGACCACUUGUCGUAUGAUCUUUCAGUCGUCGUGUCAAGACAUGGGCGCCUGGGCUGACAUCAACCGACUGGUCCUCUACUUAAGACAGGCCCUCACCUGUUGUGUGUGCGGACAACUCUUAACGGUUCCCAUGUCUUCCACCAUCAGCUCGUGUCAACACCACGUCUGUAAGGCCUGCGUCGGCGGCAAAAUGCGGUUAAAGCCCUCUUGCAGUUGGUGCAAAGAUCACUCCAAGUUUGUGGAAAACACUCAGUUAAGAAUUCUUCUGCAGUGUUAUCGCAAUGUGUGUCAGUUCAUGAUGUCAGCCGAUCUGCACCACAAGUGGGGAGACCUGACCAGCGGUUCCGCCUCCGGAACUAACAUGAGUUUCGCCGAACUGCUCGAAGAAGGCGCUCAACUCGACGAUAAGUACAGCUUUUCAGAGCCGCCAUCGCUUAGAGGGUAUUCCCGAUCGACGACAGGAAACGCCCGAAUCAAUGCCCGAAACGGACAAAUGGCCAACAAUUCUAACAUUAAUACCAAUUCUAUGAAUAACUCGAAUAACAAUAAGAUUACAAUUAAUGGGAAUUCAAAUCAAAGCGAAACGAUUGGCGUUAAAGAAAACGAUAGUAUUUUGCGAAACAAUUGUAUUGAAAAUAUGACAAACAAUACUACAAAACAUACACUCGUAUUAACGUCGGCCCCGAAGACCGUCGAAACGGCAAACCACUCGACAGUUGGUAUGAGUACUCACGCCAUACUCACCAACGGGUCGUCUCUCAUACGAAACCCAAACACGACGCCAUCGAAAGUGAAGGCCAAGCGUCGGGGCUGUCGAUGCGGUUUAGCGACUCCUAAUCCCGGGAAACUGACGUGUUGUGGACAGCGGUGUCCCUGUUAUGUCGACGGCAAGGGAUGUUUUGAAUGCAAAUGCAGGGGUUGUCGUAAUCCUCAUAAACACAACUCAGCCAACACUACAAACGCACCGAUGAAACGGCCCACACAUACACCACAACCGCCGUCACUACCCGUUACUGUCAGUGUGAGCGCAACCAUGAGUCCGACCCUCUCGUCCAGCAUUUCGGGCACUUUGAGUCCCAGUUUGUCGACCGGAUCAUCACUACUGCCCAUAUCGAGUACAUUGAGAACUAUAAACAUUGUCUCCUCUCCGGGCUCUUCGAGCGAUACUUUACUUCCUUUCCCUAAACUGGAAGAGGAAACCAUUGUUAGCGACAUUGAGAUCGACGCCUAAACUUCAUUCACGCCUUUCUUUUCAUUAUGAUUUCUAGACAAGUGUUUGAAUAUUGAGUUUAUUUUUAACUGUUUUUCAACAUCAAGAAUGUUA